AUGAUCAGAACGUUAGCUUCCCUGGCAUUGCUUGCCGUAGGGUCCACAGCCCAGAUUAUUGAAAGCUCUAGCUUCGGAACCGGUCAAACGAUAUCACCACACAGAGACUCUAUCCCCGGAUGGGUAAUCGGAGGAGAGGGCCAUGAACCGUCUGUUCUAUCAGACAAGCUCAUCUUAACGCCGCCGUACCCUGGAAACACACGGGGAUCAGCUUGGGCGCAAAGUCCAGUCUCUCAGUCGGAAUGGUCAGCAGAACUUCAAUUCCGAGCAAGCGGACCAGAAAGAGCGGGUGGAAUCCUGCAAUUAUGGUAUACCAAGGAAGGCCAGUCUAGCAUUGGUACCUCGAGCAUCUAUACUGUGGGCCGAUUCGAUGGCUUCGCUCUAGUAAUUGAUACGCAUGGUGGAAGAGGUGGCAGUGUCCGUGGAUUCCUGAAUGACGGUACCAUCGAUUACAAAAGCCAUAACAGCCCAGACAACUUAGCCUUUGGCCACUGCGACUACUCCUACCGCAACCUAGGCCGUCCAUCAAUUUUCAAACUCAAACACACUAGCUCUAUCUUUGAAGUCACCAUUGACGACAAGCUUUGCUUCUCAACCAACAAAGUCACCCUACCCGCUGGAAACACCUUUGGUAUCACAGCAGCCACUCCCGAAAACCCAGAUACAUUCGAGGUCUUCAAGUUCAUCCUCGAGUCCGCCGCAAGCCAAGGCUCGACAAUUCCCUCCAACCAAGGCAGCACUCCCCAGCAGCCAAUUGUCAAUGAAAUUCCUGACCAGCCUGCUCAGCCGAUAAUUAACUCGGGCGCCGAAGUCAACAUGAACGGCUUGGCUACCCAGAUCACCGACCUCAGCGGUCGCAUCCAGCUGGCCAGUAAGGCCACCAACCUCAUCCUCCAGGAAAUCAAGAACCAAGCCCAGAAGGCCGAUCAGCGCCACGCAGAGCUUGUCCAAAAGUCCCUGACCCAGGAACGCCAGCUCGCCCAAUUCGAUGCCCGUCUUUCGCGUGUCGAGCAGGCGCUCCAGGUCGUCCAGUCCGAACUGCAAAGCGUCGCUCUCCAGAGCAAGGACUACAGUGGACGCUUCAACCAGCUCCACGAGACGCUGCGCUCAUCCCACCUCAGCCUGAGUGAGAACUUGCAGGGUCACCUGCUGAGUGUCAUUACCGCUUCUAGCCCUCGUAUGGGCUUCUUCAUCUUCUUGCUGAUCGCGUUCCAGGUGGUCCUUGUGAUCUCCUACGUCAUCUAUAAGCGUCGCCGGGCCAACAUGCCCAAGAAGUUCCUUUGA